AUGGUUAGAUCACAUUUAAUAGUACAUGGAAUGAUCCAAAAUUAUACCUUUUGGUAUCACCAUGGAGAGAGGACAUGUGAGACAGAAGAACCAAAUUCUAAAUCUGAAGAUGAUGAAAAUGAAAUUGGUGAGGAUGAUGAAGAGGAUGAAAUACAUGAAAUUCUUAUAGAUUUGCAUCCUGCUUUUAAUGUAGAAAAUAUGAAUACUGGUGAUGAUGAUGUUCUCGAGGAGGAACAAAAUCCUGAAGCGAAAAGAUUCUAUAGUCUUUUAAAGGAAUAUGAUCAACCAUUGUAUUCAAAACUUUCUACUUUGGUGAAAUUGCUUCAUAUUAAAAGCAUUGGUCGUUGGAGUAAGGACUCAUUUAAUAUGCUAUUGAAGAUGUUAAAGAAUGAUUUGUUGCCUGAUGAAUCAAACUUGCCAAAUUCAUAUUAUGAAGCAAGGAAGCUAAUUCAAAGCCUAGCGCUUUCAUAUGAGAAGAUCGAUGCAUGUAAGAAUGAUUGCAUGUUAUAUUGGAAGAAUGAUAAGUUUGUUGAUUCUUGCAAAUUUUGUGGUGCAUCUAGAUGGAAGGAGAAUAAACAUAGUGGGGAAACCAGUUUUAGAAAGGGAAAAAAGAUACCACACAAGAUCUUAUGCUAUUUUUCUUUAAAUACAAAGCUUCAAAGAUUGUUUAUGUGCUCAAAAACAUCUUCUUUAAUGAGAUGGCAUCAUGAAAACAAAGCUAAUGAUGGGAUUAUGAGGCAUCCAGUUGAUUCAAAAGCAUGGAAAAAGUUUGAUGAACUUCAUCAAUCAUUUGCUAUGGAGCCUCGUAAUGUUAGAUUUGGACUUGCUAGUGAUGGUUUUCAACCAUUUGGAUGUUCUAGAACUCCAUACAGUAUUUGGCCUAUUGUACCUAUUCCUUAUAAUUUACCACCUUGGUUAUGCAUGAAGCAGGAACAUUUUGUUUUGUCAAUGCUUAUUCCCGGCCCUGGAAGUCCUGGAGAUGCAAUUGAUGUUUAUCUUCAACCAUUGAUUGAUGAAUUAAAUGAAUUAUGGGAAACUAGAGUUGUUACCUUUGAUGCAUCAACUAAACAAAACUUCACAUUGCAUGCUGCUUUAUUGUGGACCAUUAAUGACUUUCCAGCUUACGCAAAUCUAUCUGGUUGGAGUACAAAAGGAAAAUUGGCUUGCCCAUGUUGCAAUAAAGAAACAAUCUCAGAUAGGUUGAUACAUGGUCAAAAAUAG